CAUAGCGAUUCGCUAUGCCACCCAGUAGGGCAUAAAAAGAGUCAGCCAAUAACAGCUGACGAUCGCUUACUGAUUUUUCCUUGUAGAAUUUAAAAACGCAUUGAUUUAAAAUAAAUCUUUCAGAGUAUUACCUACUGACUUAAAUUUGAUAAAACCAAGGUCGAAAAUGAAUGUUAGAAGCAUUUAAUCUCUCUCUGUACAUGCGACCUAAUAGAUUGCGUGUGUGACUAUACUAUUUAGAUUUUGUGCCAGUCGAAAACUGUUACUUGUGGAGUCCAAACGUGAUAACAGUGUGUGCCACAUAGUAAACAAACUGAACUGUCGGCGAGCCGCCCCGUCUCGAAAUGUUAUAAACUUACGCGUUCAGUGCAAUCAAAACUUUGUGACCGAAACUGUGGAUUGAUAUCGUUAUUAGCGUUUUAACAAAUGGCUGAAAAGACUCCUGAAGAAAUAAAUGAAUUAGUGAAGAAAUUUAGGAAGUGGAUAAAUACACAGCCACAACUGCCAAAUGAUUUAGAGGACAAACUAUUAAGGCGGUUUUUGCAUGGCUGCCACUAUGACUUGGAGAAGACGAAGAACGCGUUCAAAAUCUUCAUAUCAGUCCGAGAACAGUGUCCCGAGCUGCUGUGUGACAGGGACCCACUGUCACCGCAGGUCCAGAAAAUGUUUACUUUCCUAAAACAAGCUCAGAUCAUGCUGCCGAGAAACAGGAAGCUAUGGAUAUGGAAGCUCGAUGACCCUGGCAUGCUGAACUUCGACUCGUUCCAGGACGCGAAGAUGUUCUUCAUUAUCACUGACAUGUGGUUGCUGUUCGAUGAUGUGUUGGAGGACGAGGAUAUCAUUCUGACUGACACCAAGGAUAUUGUGUCGCUCAGAUUUUUUUAUAGCAAAUUUAGUUUCUCUAUAGCCAGAAGGAUGAUAAAGUAUCAGCAGGUGAACGAUAACACUUAUCACCUGUUUGUUAUACAGGUUGCCGCAAAAGUAAUCCAUCUAUCGGAAUAUGCUUCGAUCAACAAUAGGGGUGAUGACGGGGAGGCGUUACCGGUUAGAUUAAAGCAAAUACAUAUUGUGAAUACUCCGCCAUUCAUAGACAGAUUGUUUACUUGGAUAAAACCAUUCUUAAAGAAAGAAAUAACGGAUAUGAUUUUUACUUUCUUUUCUCCUGUUAGAUAUGACUGGACAUUGUGCUUAUCUUAAAAGUUAUAAGUAAAAUCUUGAAAAAAAAUUGGGUAAGCUCUUGAUCAUACACGUUAUCUUUAGUUUUUUUUAAUCCCACAUAACACCCACGUAACAUUUUUGUGGGAUCACAAGUACCUAUCCUAUGUCUCAAUCCAGGUCAUAAAUUAUAUGGAUACUUAUUACUUAUUAUUUAGUAGUUUUUGCAUCAUUUAGUAACAAAUAUAUAUACAAAAUAUAACAUUUAUAAAAAUAGGAUUGCUAUCUUAAGCCUUGAUGGGCCCAUCAAGGCU